GUGCAAGUGCAAAAAUGUCAGGAAUCGACACCUCGUUUUUACUCGGAGUUACUCGGAGUAUGCGAAAAGAAAACAGCUUUUGAAGAUAUUGAAGCGAAGUCGAAGAAGUGAUAAAAAAUUUCAACUUCUUGAUGAACGAGCUAAAUGAUUGAAUUUAAAUGAACUCAAAAAUUUGUUAAAAUAAUAGUAAAGUGACAAUUUGGUAUUUCAAGUCAUGGAUUUUCAAAAUCGACCCGGUGGAAAAACAGGCGGCGGUGGAGUUGCAUCAUGGUCGGAAACGAACAGAGACCGGCGAGAACGUCUUCGCCAGUUGGCUUUAGAAACUAUAGAUCUUAAUAAAGAUCCUUAUUUUAUGAAAAAUCAUUUAGGUUCUUACGAAUGUAAACUUUGUUUAACGUUACACAAUAAUGAAGGAAGCUAUUUGGCUCACACUCAGGGUAAGAAGCAUCAAUCAAAUUUAGCCCGACGUGCUGCAAAAGAUUCCAAAGAUACACCACUUCAACCUGCCCCCGAAAAACCUAGAAUUGAACCUAAAAAAUUUGUAAAAAUCGGUAGACCUGGAUAUCGAGUAACGAAACAGCGUGAUCCAGAGAAUAGCCAACAGAGUCUAUUGUUUCAAAUUGAUUAUCCCGAAAUUAGAGAAGAUGUUCGCCCGCGCCAUCGUUUCAUGUCAGCUUACGAACAACGAGUCGAGCCACCGGAUCGCAAAUGGCAGUAUUUAUUGUUUGCAGCUGAACCCUACGAAACAAUCGCAUUCAAGGUACCAAGUCGAGAAGUUGAUAAAUCAGAACAAAAAUUUUGGACUUAUUGGAACGCGGAUACAAAACAAUUUUUUUUGCAAUUCGCAUAUAAAUUGGAAUCCAAUAAACCAGUCGUAAAUCCGAUACCUCCUCCACCGCCUCCUCCACCAAUUUCUCAACUCUCUCAAAUGUCUGUGCGUCCUACCCCUUCUGUAGUACCACCUCCUCCUCCAGCCAUGCAUCCCCCUCCUCCCCCUGCGCUUUUCAAUCCAGUCCCUCCGCCCUCUGUGGUUGCUACAAGAUAGAAAAAUUAUCGCGUCUCGCUAUCAAAAUUGCUUCGAUCAGGAAUGAAAAUAACGAUUAUCUUAAUCUGUAUGUAAUUUUUUACAUCUUUGUAUAUAAUUGAAUAUAUCUUGAUAAAUGUCAA